AUGGGACAUGGAGUCCGUUUCCGUGGGCGCCGCCAGUGGGAGCUCACAAGGAACCUAGGGACUCCUACUGUUAUUACGACCCGAAAGUACUUCGGAGGCACAAGGACGGAAGCCCACAAUAUGAACUGCACGGAAAAGGAUUAUAGCACUAUAAAUAAAGACACAGUUGAUUCUGGAAGUACAGAAGAUUCUGAUCUCUGUUGCUAUAUCAACCAAGUAGAUUUAAUUAUCAGUGAUGUCACCCAAACCUCCAGCAAUAAAAUGAUUGAAAACUUGGAACGUAUUUUGGAGAAUGUACAUCUAACAGAUGACUUUAGUACCAGUAAUAAUAAUCUGGUUAUAAAUAUCAAACAAAUGAAAAAACCUGACGAUUACCACUUGUAUGCAAAUUUACACAAUACCUCAGACAGUGAAGGAAGUGUUAUGAAUCACGUGGUUGAGGUGCAUUUGCCCAAAGCCUUGAUGCAAUCUAACAGGAAAAAUUUUGUAUUCUGUAUGUACAAAAACAAAAAGCCAUUCAAUAAUGACACUGUUAUGAAUGAGUUUGUUGUGGGAGUGAGUCUUGGCAAUUCUUUUUCAACUUUGGAGGUGUUCUUCAACAUCAGCUUUGUUCAUCAGACACAAAAUAAUAUGAAAAUGAAGCACACUUGCAUGUUCUGGUCUACAUCAGAUAACAAAUGGAAUUCAUCUGGAUGCAACACCAUUCUGGAAACGAACAAAACAACUUGCCAGUGCAACCAUAUGACCUACUUUGCAGUAUUAUUGAACCCAUAUACUGAGACCAGCAAUCUAAUAUCUCUAACAUACAUCACUCAGGUUGGAUCAACUAUUUCAAUCGUUUGUUUAGUUCUUACUCUCAUCAUGUAUGUUAUUUACAGAAAAUCAUUUGUUGAACAUUCUACACAGAUUCACAUAAAUCUUGCCAUAGCCUUACUUCUGUUAAACAUAAACUUCCUACUGAAUGUGAUUCUGGCGUCACUGAACAGUGUAAUCUUGUGCGUGUUUGCCGCUUCAGCACUGCAUUACUUCCUUCUCUGCACAUUCACUUGGAUGGCGAUUGAGGCAUUGCAUCUGUAUAGACUGCUGUGUAAAGUGUACAACACCUACAUGAAACGCUACAUUCAAUGGCUGUGCCUACUGGGCUGGGGAUUUCCCGGUCUGGUGGUGAUUUCAAUUUUAUUUGCUUCAAUAAAUCAAAAUAUUUAUGGGCAAAGUGACAUCCCAUCCAAGGACACAAACUAUGUAAAUUAUAGCAUGUGUUAUAUAACAGAGAAGUAUAAAACAGUGCACUAUGUCACAAAUCUGGGAUACUUUGCUCUCACUUUCACCUUCACCUCCAUUAUGUUGGGCAUCACAGUGUACAAGAUUUACAGCCUGAAUGCCAACCAAAGACAUCAAGAAAGCAGGAAAGUAUGGAAGGACAUGUGCACAGUGCUGGGCCUCACAAGUCUUUUAGGAACGACUUGGGGGAUUAUCUUUUUUACUUUUUCUCAGCCAAUAGCCUUACCUGCUCUGUAUCUCUUCUGCAUCUUAAAUUCUAUGCAUGGCCUUUUCAUCUUCCUGUGGUUCUACUGUUCAAAGAAGACAGCAAGCAAAGGCUCAAGUGGAACCAAUACCCAAGACAGUAGCCGCUUAUGACAAAGUAAAAAAAAAAAAAAUCUUGGACAGUUCUCAAAUGACAGUGUUCUAAGUGGAUUGUUGGUCCUGGCUCACAUUAUUUAAAUAUAGAUUAACAUUUAAGAACCCUAGUUGUAACACACAAAUACAAAUAUUAAGACUAUAAAGUUAGACAUAGUAUUGGUUGAGGUGUAUGCAGUUUGAGGAAUCAUUGGAUGUGCCAGAUCUACAGAGGCA